AUGACUGAGAAAUCUCAGACCACCUUGACUAUUCAUGAAGAAAAAGAAGAUGAAUUAUUAAAUUCACAAAUAAAAAUACAACAGAAUAAUGAUGUUCCAGUUCUACCCUUUCCUAUAUUUAUUUGGCGGAUAUUUCUCGUAUUUGGAGUACUUCUAUGCUCAUCGUAUACAAUAAUUGUUCAUUUAUGUGAAAAGGACGGUAGAUUACCGUUUAGUUCAGCAGCAGUUAUUCUAAUGACUGAGUUAAUUAAACUUCUUCUUUCAGCUAUUAUGUUUGUCUAUAAAACUUAUCAAUCGAAUUCAAAUAAUGGCUGGCUUAAAUGUAUUCAGUUAAAACAAAUUCUCUACAAAGAAUUUUGCCCUACUACCCAAUCAGAAGAAGAUCAGGCUACACAAUCUUUACCGUCACCAUCGACUACACCAUCAACACACAUAGGAUUUCAACAUUUUGUAUUCAUUAUACUUCCCUACACAAUUCCUGCUCUGCUUUAUGCAUUCAACAAUAAUUUAGCUCUACUUAUUCAAUUGGAAAUGGAUCCUGCAACGUAUCAGAUACUCUCGAAUUUCAAAAUCCUAAGUACAGCGAUAUUGUUUAGGCUUAUUAUUAAACAACGAAUUACACUGAUCCAAUGGUUCUCUCUUCUUUUAUUACUUACUGCUGGUAUAGUUCACAGCUAUGGAAAUUUUGAUGCACAAAAAGCCUUUAUGAAGUCUUCUUCUCUUCCACCGUCUACAUGUCAGAGUAUUUCAUGUGUUCUUCAUCCGAUAUCAUCAUCAACUAUUCAUAUUACAACACAUGGUAUAAUUAUGAUUUCCGCCUAUUGUACAGUCUCUGGAUUAUCUGGUGUUUAUACUGAACAUGUGAUGAAAAAACACUCAUAUAUGAGUAUACAUUUACAAAACUUUCUACUUUAUACAUUCGGGGUAAUUGUCAAUGGUAUCGCUCUUAUUUUUGAAGUGCAUCGGAAAGGAAUUACAGAUGAAGAUUUUCAAUUCUUCCGCGGCUUCACUUACCUAACAUGGAUUCUGAUAUUAACUCAAUCAGUAUUUGGUAUGCUUAUAGGCUUUGUAUUAAAGUAUGCCAGUAAUAUCUACCGAUUGUUUAUCAUUUCAUCAGCUAUGAUAUGUACAACUUUACUGGCAAUGAUAUUAUUCGAUUUACACUUGAAUUCUAUUAUUCUUAUGUCUAUUAUUCUUGUUUGUACCUCUCUGUAUUUAUAUUAUAGGUGA